GUGCUGGCGGCUGCGGCGGGCUGUGUCCGGGCGGCCAUGGACGAGUGCGCGGAUGAGGGCGGCCGCCCGCAGCGCUGCAUGCCGGAGUUUGUUAAUGCCGCCUUCAAUGUGACCGUGGUGGCUACCAACACGUGUGGGACUCCGCCCGAGGAGUACUGCGUGCAGACUGGGGUGACCGGAGUCACCAAGUCCUGUCACCUGUGCGACGCCGGCCAACUCCACCUGCAGCACGGGGCAGCCUUCCUGACCGACUACAACAACCAGGCCGACACCACCUGGUGGCAAAGCCAGACCAUGCUGGCCGGGGUGCAGUACCCCAACUCCAUCAACCUCACGCUGCACCUGGGAAAGGCUUUUGACAUCACUUACGUGCGUCUCAAGUUCCACACCAGCCGCCCGGAGAGCUUCGCCAUCUACAAGCGCACUCGGGAGGACGGGCCCUGGGUUCCUUACCAGUACUACAGCGGCUCCUGCGAGAACACCUACUCGAAGGCCAACCGCGGCUUCAUCAGGACAGGAGGCGACGAGCAGCAGGCUCUGUGCACUGACGAGUUCAGUGACAUUUCCCCCCUCACCGGGGGCAAUGUGGCCUUCUCAACCCUGGAAGGAAGGCCGAGUGCCUACAACUUUGACAACAGCCCUGUGCUGCAGGAAUGGGUAACUGCUACUGACAUCAGAGUAACACUCAAUCGCCUGAACACUUUUGGAGAUGAAGUGUUUAACGACCCCAAAGUUCUCAAGUCCUACUAUUACGCAAUCUCAGACUUCGCUGUGGGCGGCAGGUGUAAGUGUAACGGACAUGCCAGUGAGUGUGUGAAGAAUGAAUUUGACAAACUGGUGUGCAAUUGCAAACAUAACACAUAUGGAGUUGACUGUGAGAAGUGCCUGCCUUUCUUCAAUGACCGGCCGUGGAGGAGGGCGACCGCCGAGAGCGCCAGCGAAUGCCUGCCCUGUGACUGCAAUGGCCGAUCCCAAGAAUGCUACUUUGACCCUGAGCUAUACCGUUCAACUGGACAUGGUGGCCACUGUACCAACUGCCGGGAUAACACCGAUGGUGCCAAGUGUGAGAGGUGCCGGGAGAACUUCUUCCGCCUUGGGAACACCGAAGCCUGCUCUCCGUGCCACUGCAGUCCUGUUGGUUCUCUCAGCACACAGUGUGACAGUUACGGCAGAUGCAGCUGCAAGCCAGGAGUGAUGGGUGACAAGUGUGACCGUUGCCAGCCUGGAUUCCAUUCCCUCACCGAGGCAGGAUGCAGGCCGUGCUCCUGUAACCCGUCCGGCAGCACGGAUGAAUGUAAUGUUGAAACAGGAAGAUGUGUCUGCAAAGACAACGUCGAAGGCUUCAACUGUGAGAGAUGCAAGCCUGGAUUUUUUAAUCUGGAAUCAUCUAAUCCUAAAGGCUGCACACCCUGCUUCUGCUUCGGGCAUUCCUCUGUGUGCACAAAUGCUGCUGGCUACAGUGUUUACGACAUCUCCUCCACCUUUCAGAUUGAUGAGGAUGGGUGGCGUGUGGAACAGAGAGAUGGCUCGGAGGCAUCUCUUGAGUGGUCCUCAGAUAGGCAAGACAUAGCCGUGAUCUCGGACAGUUACUUCCCUAGGUACUUCAUCGCCCCUGCCAAGUUCCUGGGUAACCAGGUUCUGAGUUAUGGGCAGAACCUCUCCUUCUCCUUCCGAGUGGACAGACGGGAUACUCGCCUCUCUGCAGAAGAUCUCGUGCUUGAGGGAGCUGGCUUGAGAGUUUCCGUACCCUUGAUCGCCCAGGGCAAUUCCUAUCCUAGCGAGACUGCUGUGAAGUACAUCUUCAGGCUCCAUGAAGCAACAGAUUACCCUUGGAGGCCCACUCUCUCCCCCUUUGAAUUUCAGAAGCUCCUAAACAACUUGACCUCUAUCAAGAUCCGGGGCACGUACAGUGAGAGGAGUGCUGGAUAUUUGGAUGACGUCACCUUGGCAAGUGCUCGUCCUGGGCCCGGAGUCCCUGCAACUUGGGUGGAGUCCUGCACCUGUCCUGUGGGGUAUGGAGGGCAGUUCUGUGAGAUGUGCCUCUCAGGCUACAGAAGAGAAACUCCGAGUCUUGGACCUUACAGCCCAUGUGUGCUCUGUACCUGCAACGGACACAGUGAGACCUGUGACCCCGAGACAGGUGUCUGUAACUGCAGAGACAAUACAGAUGGCCCUCACUGUGAGAAGUGUAGUGACGGAUACUAUGGAGAUUCAACCCUGGGCACCUCCUCUGACUGCCAGCCUUGUCCCUGCCCUGGUGGCUCAAGUUGUGCCGUUGUUCCCAAGACAAAGGAAGUGGUCUGCACGCACUGUCCAACUGGCACGGCCGGCAAGAGAUGUGAGCUCUGUGAUGACGGCUACUUUGGAGACCCUCUGGGCAGCAAUGGGCCCGUGAGACUGUGCCGUCCAUGUCAGUGUAACGACAACAUAGACCCCAAUGCUGUUGGCAACUGCAACCGCCUGACAGGAGAAUGUCUGAAGUGCAUCUACAACACCGCUGGCUUCUACUGCGACCGGUGCAAAGAAGGGUUUUUCGGCAAUCCCCUGGCUCCCGAUCCUUCAGACAAAUGCAAAGCCUGCGCCUGCAAUCCCUAUGGUACCAUGCAGCAACAGAGCAACUGUAACCCCGUGACCGGGCAGUGCGAGUGUCUGCCUCAUGUGUCGGGCCGGGACUGUGGCGCCUGUGACCCUGGCUUCUACAACCUGCAGAGUGGUCAAGGCUGUGAGAGGUGUGACUGCCAUGCUUUGGGUUCCACCAAUGGGCAGUGUGACAUCCGCACUGGUCAGUGUGAGUGCCAGCCUGGCAUCACUGGUCAGCACUGUGAGCGUUGUGAGACCAACCACUUCGGCUUUGGCCCUGAAGGCUGCAAACCUUGUGACUGUCAUCACGAAGGGUCGCUUUCACUCCAGUGUAAAGACGAUGGCCGCUGUGAAUGCAGGGAAGGCUUUGUGGGAAAUCGCUGUGACCAAUGUGAAGAGAACUAUUUCUACAAUCGCUCUUGGCCUGGCUGCCAGGAGUGUCCAGCUUGUUACCGGCUGGUGAAGGAUAAGGUUGCUGAGCAUCGAGUGAAACUCCAGGAGUUAGAGAGCCUCAUAGCAAACCUCGGCACUGGGGACGAGACGGUGACAGAUCAAGCCUUUGAGGACAGACUGAAGGAGGCAGAGAGAGAGGUCACAGACCUCCUUCGUGAGGCUCAGGAGGUCAAAGAUGUAGAUCAGAAUUUGAUGGAUCGCCUUCAGAGGGUGAAUAGCAGUCUACACAGCCAAAUUAGCCGACUGCAGAAUAUCCGGAAUACUAUAGAAGAGACCGGGAUCUUGGCUGAACAAGCACGGUCCCGUGUGGAGAGUACAGAGCAGCUGAUUGAGAUUGCCUCCAGGGAGCUCGAGAAAGCAAAAAUGGCUGCUGCCAAUGUGUCAAUCACUCAGCCAGAGUCUACAGGGGAACCAAACAACAUGACGCUGUUGGCAGAAGAGGCACGAAGGCUUGCAGAGCGGUAUGAGCAAGCAAAGAACAUCUCUCAGGACCUGGAGACACAGGCUGCCCGUGUCCAUGAGGAAGCCAAGCGGGCAGGUGACAAAGCUGUAGAGAUCUACGCCAGCGUGGCCCAGCUGACCCCUGUGGACUCCGAGGCGCUGGAGAAUGAAGCAAAUAAAAUCAAGAAAGAAGCUGCGGAUCUGGAUCGUCUAAUUGACCAGAAGCUGAAGGACUAUGAGGACCUUCGGGAAGAUAUGCGGGGGAAGGAAAAUGAAGUAAAGAACCUUCUAGAGAAGGGAAAAGCUGAGCAGCAGACGGCCGACCAACUCCUAGCUCGAGCUGACGCUGCCAAGGCUCUGGCUGAAGAGGCUGCUAAAAAGGGACGAAACACCUUACAAGAAGCCAAUGACAUUCUCAACAACCUCAAAGAUUUUGAUAGACGUGUGAAUGAUAACAAGACAGCUGCAGAGGAGGCUCUCAGGAGGAUUCCCGCCAUCAACCGGACCAUAGCUGAAGCCAACGAGAAGACACGGGAGGCACAGCUGGCCCUGGGCAAUGCUGCAGCGGAUGCCACGGAGGCCAAGACCAAAGCCCACGAAGCAGAGAGGAUCGCCAGCGCCGUGCAGAAGAAUGCCACCGGCACCAAGGCCGACGCCGAGAGAACCUUCGCAGAAGUGACGGAUCUGGAUAACGAGGUGAACGUUAUGUUGAGGCAGCUGGAGGAAGCCGAAAAUGAGCUGAAGAGGAAACAAGACGAUGCCGACCAGGACAUGAUGAUGGCGGGGAUGGCUUCACAGGCUGCUCAGGAAGCUGAGCUCAAUGCCAGAAAAGCCAAAAACUCCGUUAGCAGCCUCCUCAGCCAACUGACUGACCUCUUGGAGCAGCUAGGACAGCUGGACACCGUGGACCUGAACAAACUGAAUGAGAUUGAGGGCACCCUGAACAAAGCCAAGGACGAAAUGAAGGUCAGCGAUCUGGACAGGAAGGUGGCUGACCUAGAGAAUGAAGCCCGGAAACAGGAGGCAGCCAUCAUGGACUAUAACCGAGACAUAGACGAGAUCAUAAAGGACAUUCACAACUUGGAGGACAUCAAGAAGACCCUACCGUCCGGAUGCUUUAACACCCCGUCCAUUGAGAAGCCCUAGUGACGAGAGGGCUGCAAGGCAGUGCCCCCGGAAGGGGAGCCCUGGGAGGCCACAGUGCCUUGACACAAAGAUUACACUUUUCAGAACCCCCCACUUCUCUGCUGCUCUCCAUCACUGUCCUUGUGAACCACAAAAAGUCGGAGUUUAAAGAGGAGCAAGUUAAACAUCCUGAACCAGGAACAAAGGGUUUGGCCUAAUAAAGUCUCUCUUCCAUUCACGUCAACCCUUUACCCAGCAACCUUCCCUUGUUUGCCUGAGGAAAUGGCAUCCUCCAGGGGCAGACCCUUCCCCUUCCCUCCUCUCAACACCAGCAGAACCUAUCUCCGUUCUCAUGUUUCUAUGAAGGAAAUGUUUGGCUCCUCGUCAUAGCAUUGAGAUGGCCAGUAUGCCCCGUCUGUGGAUAAAGAAAGUGCCUCCGCAUCUUCAACCUCCUCUUUAAACAAAAGGAAAUAAACAUCCUAUGCCAAAGGUAUUGGUCAUUCAGAUGCUGGUAGCCAUCCACCAGUCAUGCUAGCUGUUGAGUGUAGGACACUGAGCCGUCCUGGGAAAGACUGCACUUAAGUGUUGGUCUCCCGGAGAGUAUGGCUCAAAGACACUUAGGAUCUCUCCCUUAUGAAUUGACCAGGAAGAUAAACUGUUUCCAAAUCCAUAGGCAGCUGAUACAAAGUCUGGAUGGGCAGCUUGCACUCACCACUACACUAGAUAGCUUUUGAUAUUUUUAUAAAUGGGACUUAAUGCAGAAGAAACAGGGAUGCGAUAACCACUAAAUUUUUUUUUUUCCCAAACCUAAUUCUUCAAGCUUUGUUAGUGUGUUAGUCCUGGAAUUAGUGUUAAGAUAUCCGUCAAACAGUUGGUCUCUAAGAUCUUGACCAAUGGAAGAAAAGUAAAUUCCCUCCUCCCCAGAUUUUCUGGAACAUGAGGUGUAGCCAGUCUCAUUAAGACUCCAUAUGUGCUGUCUUCUUCUCUGUUGGGGAGAGGUGUAAUGUUUGCCCUAAGCUCGAAUUCGCUUUUUCUAACGUUCUGUAUUUAGAACUCUUCAAAAUACAUCAUUGUUUGCCAGAUCCUGGUGGCAAAUGCUGUCGCUCAGUGUUUCACACAGCUGCCAACACCAUCUAGUUCCUGCACUUUGUGGCUCCACCCACUCUCAGUCUUUCCUCUGUAUGGAGCGGGAAGAACCUUGUGUGGCAUUUCCUAGUAGGAUUCUCAACCUCAGAUCCUCAGCUCUGUGGUUUUCUUAGGACCACACUGUGACAGUUCCUGCCACACGCCCCCUUUCCUCCUGCCUACCUGCCUCUGAGAUUCAUAUAUAGCCUUUAACACUAUGCAAUUUUGUACUUUGCGUAGCGGGGGGGAAAGAAACUAUUAUCUGACACACUGGUGCUAUUAAUUAUUUGAAAUUUAUAUUUUUUGUGUGAAUGGUUUUUGUUUAUCAUGAUUAUAGAGUAAGGAAUUUAUGUAAAUAUUCCCAGGCCUCCCAGGAGGGCACUGUCAGUUCACGUCUUUGCUUGGAUUUCUCUCUUGCUAGCACAGGGAACCUGUACACCCCCUCCCUUCCUAUGGUCUCCAGAGUCAUCCCUGCUCCCCAGUGUUUUGCUCUGCCUCCGCCUCCGCCUUGUGUUUGCAGCACCUUCAUUGUCUGACCAUAAUCUCAGCCUGCUCACCUCCACAGCCAGACCCAAGAGGGCACUCGGGCGCUCUCCCCUGUUGCCCUGAUCAUCUGAGCUGUAGCUCCAUGCUGUCCUCCAUGCCUGCCCCAGAGCAGCCACCAGGUGACAGGGCAAAGUAGUUAGGAAACUUACGGAUGGGACUCUCCCAUUCCUGAGCGGGAUGGGUCAGUUUUGUAGGGAACAUGCGAUGACUGAGCACUUUAGGGCGCCAGGCACAGCCAUGACAGGAAGAAGACUGUUCAGUCUGUCUCCACCUCUGCUGGGCAUAUGGAGAUCACCAGAAUGCUCGGCUUGGCACCCCUGAGGUUCCACUCUUGCUCCUCCGAGGUCUUUUCUGCCACAGCAGAGGCAUGGCUCUUCCUCACCAAGUUCAGUGCUGAUUGGCUAGUUCCUCUGAUUACAUGCUCGCCACCUAGCAGGUGCAUGUUGGUCACAGUUGCAGGAAAAUGGCUGAGACAGACCACCAUCAUCCGUUGGGUCAGCUCCACUCCAGCAGGGCUUAGGCCCUGGUGGGUGGAGUGUUUGGCUUGGUUCAUCCUUUCCAUCUGUGUGCUAUAUUUUUAAACAGAAGUUUAUUUUUAAAAAUGAAAGUUAUUUACAAGAUAAUACCUAUUAAACUCCUGCAGCACGGCCAUUGUUUUAAUGUGUAGUUUCAGUGAUCUGUAUUUUAUGUAAUAGAAUUGACAGGAUGGCUGCUGGGAAAUGCCGGGUGUCACACAGAAUAGAUUGUUUUAUCUUUUCCCUCUGGAUUCCAACUGUGGCCCUUUUAAAUGUGCCUUCACUUUAGCUGUUUGCCUUAAUCUCCACAGCCUUCCUCUUCCGGGAGGUUAGUAAAGCGCAACACUUGGCAUUUUCUAUGUUUAAAAAGAAAGCAGUAUUUUAUUUAUAAUAAAAUCUGAAUAUUUGUAACCCUUUA